GGAAGGACGCGCCCAGCGCAGCCGCACGGCCCCGGCCGGCCCGCGCCGGCCCACGCCGCCGGCGUCGUCGCGGUGCUGCCCGGCACCGUCCCGCUACUGCCGGGCCCCGCCGCCAGCCUCGCCGCGGCCCCCCGCAGGGGGACGCCUGUCCCGGCCGCGGUUCGCUGCCGGCGGCGCGAGGGAACUGGGCGGGCUUUGGCGUCCCGUUGCGAGGCCGAGCGAUGCUGCUGCCAAAAGCCACCGCGUGCAGCCGGGAGGGCCGUGGUCGGCCGGGGAGCAGCUCCCCUGUGGAGGGAGCGCGGUCGGGCAGGGCGGUGGAACAGGCAAAAGCGGGGUACCCGCUGGUAGCAGGGAGAAGGCGUUUAACCCGGCCGCAGGCGCUCCCCGCCUCACGCCCCGUCCCCGGGUGCCUGAGUCCCGGCGGGGGCAGGAGCUGAGGAGAGGCCCCCGAGCGCCUGCUCCAGGGCUGUGAGGCGAGCGCGGCCACUGUGUGAGGCGGAUUCGCAUCUUCCCGGAGCUACAGGUUGCUCAAAGUGGGCUGAAAGUGUCUUAGAAAUUACUCAUACUACCGUUUUUAAUCAGUGACCGAGCAUUCAGGUGUGACCGCCCAUACUUCUGCAGCGUUUUCUUGUGUAGCUGCAAGCCUACCUUGAUGUCCCUGUGCGCAAACUGGAGGCCGGUGGCUGCAGUGGCGCAACGUGGAGACCAAAUUAAUAAGCUUGCUGUUCAGUAGCUGGUUGUCUCGUGCCUGGCACUAGUCAGAACUGCACAAAGACGCACACCUGCCUGCAGAGCUGGUAACAGCACAGCAUCUCCCCUUGGCUUCUGUGGGGUCCAGCAUCUCUGAAAAACAAGCUAUUUAUUUAGACCUGAAUCUGCGAGGAGCGGCUUCUUCAAGCACCAUUAAUCAGUAACGUAUUCCUCCCAAGCUAUGUGCAAAACCAGUCUGCAUGGCAGCAUGGAUACAGAGUCAAACAGCAGGCCUGGUCCACAACUAGAACUUAAAGAGUGAGCACAUUAAGGGUGCACACAGCAAGAUGCUGCACUUCAUUGGACAGUAUCUGGAAACUGGCAGCUAGAAUGGCCUGCUAUUCAACCCUUGUUGAGAGGGAAUCUCACACAAAAAUCGGAACUUUCUCAGAAUCGGUUGCUGACCUAAAUGACAGUGGGAAGCUUCAGAGUAAAAUGAGCAGAAUGAGGAACAUUUUUUACAAUACUAGAGUUACUCUUAAGAGGGUGACCCCAUGUUAAUUUCAACAAAUUUUGACUCACCAAAAGUCAGUGUUUCAUUGCAUGAGAAGCUCAAAAGUAUCCUUCCCAUGUGAGAAAUCCCACAGAUGCUUGCCUAACAUGGAAGACAACAUGGAUGCAAAAAAUGUAUUCGAAACACAGGAAAAUAUGUGCUGCCUUAGGGGUGUAUCAGAGAAUGGUGAUGACCUAAUUAAUUUUAAUAGUAUGGUCUGUGUCACUGCUGGAGAAGCAGAGAAAUACUGCAUCAGACAGGUGCAUUCCCACCCUACAGAUCUAAUCACUGAUCACACAGACAAUUGUUGCCUUAAAGUGGAAGACUCUGUUUCUUGUCCACCUCCAGCUGAAGUCCAGGCACGUGAAAAGACUGGGUUCAGUAGACCUCUAACCAUGAAUGCUCUGUUGAGUGAGCAGGCAGAUACUCCCAUAGUAAAUCAAAAUUAUUUUACAAAAGAUGAUUCUGAAAAUUCUGGCGGCAUUUUGGAGGCUUAUCCAAGCGUAAGUGAUGAUUUUUCUGAUCAUGUCCUAGAGUAUUUUGAAUGUUCAGAUGUGCUGACAGCACAUGAAAAUGAAAUCUGGGAAAAAAAAUUACAGUUUUUAUUAGAAAGUGGUGAUGAAGAUGAUUUAAAACUGAGUAAGGAUUGUGAUGGGUGUGCUUACUUCCUCAGUGAAAUGCCGUGUCUGUUCCGAGUGUCAGAUAACACUACGCCUAUGGAUACUACCAUUGGCUUCUGUGGUCAUCACUCAAAAUUCAAAGGAGUAAAUGUAAGGAGAGACCCCUCUACGUACAGCCAGUCAACUUUGCAGACAGAGAUGACUCUAACUGUUGGACAACACCGAGAUAAAACUACCAGUGUGAAAGACGAAGAGAAGGGUAAAGUGCCUGUCGCAUCUGCUGUCAUUGAAAAUGAGUGUCUCCGAACUGAAGAAGAAAAUAAUGGAAUUGGCCAGACAGAUUUCUCAACCAACAAACCUCAGAACAUGGAUAAUGUACAUGGAAAGGCGGACUCCUCUACAGGUGGCAUAGGUACUGCUUUGACAAAUCAGGCUUCAGAGACAAUGACAGAAAACAAGGUAGACGAGAACUUGCUGGGUGAAAGCUCAUUGCUGCUAGAAGAGGGGAGAAGAAAUUCAUCAGAGGAAAAUGCAAGGCAUUCUGUCUCUACCUUAACUGAAACUCUAACAAGAAACCUUUUAAAGUUGCUAAACCCUAUAGAGCUCUGCAGAUAUGUCGGUAAUAUAGGGCAAUCUUUUCAGGCUGCUGCAGAGGUGAGGGAAUCCAGUGCUUCGUUUCCCAGUCAGGAAGGAGGCCUUUCAGCACAAAUUUGUGAGGAGACAGAAAGCUUGCAAAUGCAGGCUGGUUUGUGUCAUACAGAAGAGGCGGAUAAAGACUGUCGUUGGGAACAGAAAAAGACUUGGGGCCUGUCUGAGCAAAAUCAGGUGCCAGAUGACAACGUCUCACCCAGGAAUCAAGGUGCCAGUCUUAAAAUCUCUAUCCAAAAUUGUGAUAGAGAAUGUAUGGAGCCUGAAAUAGCAAAGGAAGGCAUCCUCAUGACUUGCCAGAAUGCAGGAACCAUCCAUUCAGCUUCAGAAUGUACUGAAAAGCCAUUACAAGCGAAAAAUGGAAGUUCACAAACCUAUUCGCAACACCGUGCUCCUUAUGAUAAGAGAGAAAGUUGUCACCAACGAGUCUCCUGGGAACAAGGGAAGGAUAUUAGUAGUAAUGGCAACAAAUCAAAGAAAGACAUUUCAGCUUUUCGUUUAUGGGACGCAGACUCUGUUCCUGAUAAACAAGAAAGUUUAUGUGCUGUUCUCUCUUCUGCAAAGCUAUGUGAUGAGCCAAAGGAGGGAGGGCAAAGGUAUGGUUUUGAUUCGCAUGACGGCAAGGACAGAGAUACUCUCUGCAGUGUAUCAUGUGAUGAAUCUCUGUUUGAAGCUAAUCCCAAGUCAGUUCUGGAAUCUGGAGAACCUGGGUGCAAAGGAGAUGCCGAUUUAUCUGCAGUGCAUGACAAGCUCUGGAAACUUCUUCAUGAGGAUGACUCAGACUAUCAAAUCCCAUUUGAAAACUGGGGAAUCACAAGUUUAGAGGUAAGGCUGGCAGAUACCAAAGUCACAGAACCGAACUCUGUGCAAGAGACCUGUUCUGAUCAUCCUUUACCCCCAAAUUUCACAGAACAGCAGGAACCUAUUACACAGCCACCUAUUAGACAAAGAACAGAGAAAGAAGGCUGCAGUGUCUCUAAUGUCCUACUGAAAACAGAUGAAGCAUGUAACAGUGCAUCCAUAGAAAACGUUUCUCUUACACAAGUGGUAGAAGCAGAUGGUUUAUGUAUCAGUUCUAGCACUGGAAAUAAAACAGAAACGGCAUCCACUUGUAUUUCAGAGAACAGUAUCUUCAAUACAGAGGAGUGCUUGGAGCAGAAGGCAAAUCAAACAUUAAUUGUCAAUAAUGGAGCCGUUCAAACAACUGUUUCUCGGGAAGGAAAGCUUACCGUUGAUAACACUUUCCAAAUAUGUGAUACAGAUUCUCAAAGAUUAAAAAAUGCUCAGAGUAGUAACUUAGCAUGCGAUAAAGAAAACCCAGCUUGCAUGUCAGAUAAGUCACACUGGACAACUGGACAAUUACCUCAUACUGAGUGGAACAUAUCCUUGAUAAAUGAGACUAUGACUGAGACCACAGAUGAAGAUGCUGGUGAAGACUGUCAUUUUAAAGACCGUUACCCAGCAAGAAAAAAAAUGGCAUAUUUCCCUGAGGAGAAAGUGAUUUUCCCCAGUAAUUCCUCUGUUGAAAAUGCCCAUCAGUUUACACAUGAAAAACACUCUUCUGUUAACAUCAUACAUAGAAGUUAUGAAGAUAAUUUACAAGAAAAAAGAAAUCACUCCGAGUUGAAUGCACAAAGUGGCACUAAUUGUAGCAGUUAUCAUCCUUCAAAAAAUUAUGACUCUCAAGAUUUUCAAGUUGUUUCUAAUACACAGAAAUACAGUUACCCAAUGAAAUUGCCUAAUUUAAUUAAGACUCCUGAAACCAUAACGUGUAAGAAUCUACCCCAAAAUGUACACCAACUGACAGAAUUAGAAAAACAAGAAGUGAUAUUCAUUCCCUCAUCUGAGAAUCCCCUUUUAACAGAUUUUUUUGUAAAAGUGCCCAAAUAUGAACCAAGUAAACCAGGAAAAGAACAGAGAGACAUUUUCAUAGGUGAUGAACAAAGGGUUGAAACAUCCUGUGACUCUGGAGUUAGGCAUGUUUCAGAGAGUCAGCCUGCAGUUUCCCCUCAUAACGUGUCUGAACAUUUAUUUUUUGCUGACAACACUUUUAAGUUUGACGAAGAGUUAAAAACAGAUUCUUUGAAAAGUCACACGUAUGCCUCUGGGAACGUAACGUCAGGAUCAGUUAGUACCCCGCUGCCUAGAAAGGUUCAGAAUGAGUACUGCACAGUAGCAAAGGAAGAUUGUGGAGACAUCGGUAAUCAGAUGGGUCUCCAGCAACAGACUGUAAGAGAAACAUCACCAUUCAUACCUGUAAGCCAGUCAGAGGGCUCUCUUAACAGUGUAGCAGCAAUGGGGUGUUCUGGCACAGGAAGUCAUGUACAAACAAAAUGCACACAAACUGCUGUCAAAGGAGAUGAAAAAUUGACUAAGUUGGAAGCUUUCUGCGAAGCAGUGCAGGAUCAGAUCCAUAGGGUACCUGAAGAAAAUAAGGAGGAAGCAGUCUUGCGUGGAAAUAAACAAAAGAUUCAAAGAACUACUGAAUACAACCUAGAUGCUGCUAAAAUGAAGUCUCCUUUGCACGUUUUAAUUAGCUCCAAGGCUCAGAGGCGGAUUAGGAAUAGUAUCACUAAGCUGUCCUCUCCUGACUUGAUCACUUCCAGCAAGCCAUCUGAGGUUGAUUGUUCAAUUAAGUCUACUGAGCAUAAUAAAGACGAAGAAGUCACGACUUCAGAGACUGCAGUAAGUGCUUUAGUUAACUUGCCAGCAGUUGAUUCAGGGGACGUCUCUCUUCAAAGGCAGCCACCCUACAGUAGGAUGCAGCCACACUCCUUAGCAUUGACCACAUAUGAUCCGUUCUCAGUCAGCAUGGAAAGGCCAGAAAAUCAAGAAGGGUCAAAGUCCUGCCAGACAUCACCAACUGUUGCUGAGUCUGAGCCCAUCAAAUGUAAACACACAGCAAAGAGUGAGAAUUUAGCUACUGGAGCAAAGAAGAAAUUACCAUCAGCAACACUGUCAAAGAAACCCCGACUGGAGGAGAGUGGAGAUGUCAGCAAGGAUCCUAGCUGUGUUAAAAGUGAGGCAAACGUGAUUCUUAAAGAAAAUAGAGAAGAGCAAAGGAAACUAAUUUCAAAAAAGGAUAGCAAAGCUCCCAAGCUGCUGAAGAGAAUCCAAGCAGAGUUGUUCCCUGACUGCUCUGGAAAUGUUAAGCUGUGCUGCCAGUUUGGAGACAUUCAUGGGGACUCUAUCAUUACAUGGACUAAAGACUCCAAGUUACUAGCUCGACUGCAGAGAAAUGCCCAGGAUGACUCUCCUGUCUCUUUGGCGAUAGCUAAAGCCAGUAACAAAGACCAAGGAAUGUAUUAUUGCUGCUUGAAUAAUAUAUAUGGAAAGGUAACUGCGGAGUUUAAUCUGACUUCUGAAGUCUUGGAACAUCUUUCAAGUUUUCAGAAUUUUGAAGGUGUGGAAGAAAUUGAAUUCAUGCAGCUCAUGUUCAGAGAAGAUUUCAUCAGUGACAGUUAUUUUGGUGGAAACCUGCAUGGAAUAAUAGCUACAGAAGAAUUUCACUUUGGUGAAGGCAUGCAUCGGAAAGCUUUCCGAAGUAAAGUGAUGCAAGGCCUGGUACCAGUGUUCAGCCCUGGCCAUCCCUGCGUUCUCAAAGUGCACAAUGCUAUCACAUAUGGGACCAAGAGUAAGGAUGAUCUAGUUCAAAAGAACUAUAAACUAGCUCUGCAGGAAUGCUAUGUCCAAAACACUGCAAGAGAGUAUGCGAAGAUAUAUGCAGCUGAAGCCGAACCUUUGGAAGGCUUUGGAGAAGUACCAGAGAUCAUUCCUAUUUUUCUUGUUCAUCGCCCUGCUAAUAACAUCCCCUAUGCAACAGUGGAGGAGGAGCUGAUUGGGGAAUUUGUGAAAUACUCUGUCAGGGAUGGCAAGGAAGUCAAUUUCCUGAGGAGAGACUCAGAGGCUGGCCAGAAGUGCUGCACCUUCCAGCACUGGGUGUAUGAGAAAACCAAUGGGAGCUUGCUUGUCACUGACCUGCAAGGUGUAGGAAUGAAGUUAACUGAUGUUGGCAUAGCAACACUGGCCAAAGGAUACAAAGGUUUUAAAGGCAACUGCUCGAUUUCCUUCAUUGAGCAGUUCAGAGCCCUCCACCAGUGCAAUAAGUACUGUGAGAUGCUGGGGCUGAAAUCUCUCCGAUCCACUCAUCAAAAACAGAGGAAACCAACAUCCACGAAAAGCAAAACUCUACCAAACUCACCGACUAUUAAGAAAACAGUGCCCAAGAAAGCAAGAGAACCUAGAGACUUCAUAUCUUCGGAGCAUUAAGUAGCACUGUCCCAUCUUGUGAAAACUUCUCUUGAGGACAUGUAAUAGCGAUAGGCACCAAGGCUCUGAUGGGAGGAUAAUGUUGGUCUUUUACUAAUGACGUUAUUUUGAAGUCAUCCUGAUGCUGAUGCCAGCAGCAAAAAUGGAGCUGAUUCUAUGGCAUAGGUACCUGAGAUUUAACAAUAGGGCAAGGUUUUGAAGAUAAAUUAAGCCAUCUGCCUGGAUUGUCUUACAACCCUUCUAUGUAUCGGUAUCUGUAUGCUUUGAGUCAUGGCCUCGGAGUGCACUGUGGGUUGCUGGAGAACAUCUUCCUUUCUGUGUGUCUGUGCCUGUGAGACUGUGGGUUCAGCUGCAGCGUAAACAGCAAAAUAUUUAAGAUGCCACUUAGUAAAAGUUUUGCACAGUAUUGUUGUUCAGGCUGCUCUGGAAAAGUUGUUUUCUCUCCCAAAUCUUUGCAUGUUGUAGUACUGCUGUAUUCCUAUUCUGAUAAUAUUUUUUUCUACCUAUAUGUCUUUCAAUACAAGACAGUCAUUCACGAUUGGACAUUUGUGCCUUCUGUCCCACAUAAAGAUAGCUAGGAUCUUUAAGUUUCUCACAAAGCGAUGUCAUCGACUUAAAAAUGGACAAUGUGUGAUUCUCCGUAGAACUCCUUGCUUCCCAGAAAAGCUUCUUUGACUCUACAGUUAACCCUGUGGCACAGUCCUUUUGCACUUGCACCAAUCAUCCUAUUGUAAGAUAGAGGUCUGAAGUCUGCAUGUUGCCAAACAGCUAGCAUCUGGAAUAAGCCAUUGCAGAUGGAGAGUAUUUCAAUACCUUGAAACAUUUUCAACUCAAAUAAGUACAAGGGCUUUUAUGUGAGAGUUGUUUCUGAAGGAACAUGAAAGGUACCUUGGGCCAGCAUGUGACUAUUAAGGAGUCACGAUAUAUCCAGAAUGCCUGGACAGGGCCAGAACUGGAAAAAGAUACUGUGCUCCGUUAUAUGGAAGUGUAGCUUAUGUGGAGAUUUGCAGUCAAAGGAGGGAACUAUGCAUGGACUGCAGCAAGUUUACUGGGCAUCAUCAGUUGAAAACCCAACCUGCAGUGCCUACACUUACAACACAAACAGUACAAACACCAAACGUUGUCAGACUUCUUAUCCCUGUGUGACUACCAAAUAACAGCGGUGCUGGGAACCCAUUACCUGUAUGGAAGCCUGCAGUGCAAGAGUCCCAUCAGUGCUGAGGAAGACAAAAGUGUUUUCAAACUAGUUCUACUUUGUAUUGAUAAGCAGUGGGUGCCAAAUAAGAAAAACUGGUGGGGAAUAGUUGACGCUAGGAGAAGAAACUUACCUGGCUACUGUUUAGAUGUAAACAUUUAGACUUGUCAUCCUGUGCUCCCCUUACAAUUAAUGAAGGUCUUGUCAAUACAAUUUAGAGCAAGGUACAGGCCACCUGAAAAAAAAACACCUAAAAUAGGUGUAAAAUGUGAAAAUAGGUGUAAAAUGUGUAAAAAAAAUGCCUAUUCCUCUCCAUUCAGAGUAAAGGAAGCAGAGACUGUCAGGCAAACAUCUGCAUUUUAAACUCCCAGUGUUACAUGGGAUGGAGUUCUUCAGGGCUGUUAUGAAACAUUUGAGUUUCUAUUCAUUUUCUGUUAACUUAGGCGGAGGAGACCAGCUACAAAACAGCACUGCAGAAAUUUGAGUGGUAUUGUAGUAAAAUGUGAAACAAAGUGUGUGGAAGACUAUUUGAAAGAUGAGUUUUUACAUAGAAAAUGCAAAAGAAAGGUGGAAACUUAGGAGAGAGUGACUGAAGUCUGGGACAAAACACUGAGAAUAAAACCUUGGCAAAACAAUUUCAUUGUGCUGAGGAAGGGGAUUCAUUCAUUUCAAAAGAAAAGUGAAUGACAACGCUGUGCUGCUGUAGAGAAUCUGAAGUAUCACGAGGAACUGGAGGUAGAAGAGGGUACAGAGCAGAAGUUCUGAAGGAGUUACCAAGCACAGCAGGCAGAAGGGGAGAUGGCUCAGAUGAGGCAGAUGGUCUUAUUGGCACCGGCUGUCCUGUGGGGAAGAGAUGUUCCCAGGGAAGUCCCAUUGCUCUGGCUUCUCCGUUGGUCAGACCAGGACCCAGCCUGAGUUUACCCACCUCUCUCUCUCAGCUGGAAGGAAGUCGGUGCCUGUGAGGGAAUGAGACAGCGUAUGGCCAGAGUGCACCUAGCGAUGAGGAUAGCAGCAAGCCACUUUCCACUGCCAUCUGACAGCAAUCAGUGCAUCACUUAUUUGCAUCUGGAAUUCUGCACUGUGAUCCUGAUUGCUUCUUGCAGUUCUGGCUAGCUCUGGUAGGGAAGAGAAACUGCUAGGGAUGGGGCAUACCAGGAGCCCUGCUGUGUUCCAGCUGGAACCACUGGGUCAGCCAGGGGCAUGCAUGUCAGUGCCAGGCAGUUAGCAUGAAGCUAGAGACACCCAGCUUGGGGGACCACGCUUUUAGGCCAGCUCUUUCACUGGGUAGCCUACAUAGGUUAAACCCUUCCCCUUCUGUCAUGGUGGGAGAGGUUCUGAGCAAGAGCUUUGCUCCAGACAACUUUCCAUCACUGAGGAGUACCAAAGUGGGAAGGAGGGUCUUCCACAAGGCUUUCCAGUUCUUCUGUAUCCAUACAUGUCAAUAGCGUGCUGGACAGUGUAACCCACCCAGUUUAGGAGGCUGCUUGCAUAUCAGAGCCAGGGAACACUGUAAGAAGCCUGCAUAAAACCAUAAGAGAGGCCUGACCUAGCUGUGGAACUUGAAUUCCCCGAUGCCCUCCUGUAAAUGGAAAAGGCUCACUCAAGGAUUAUUGCCUCAUCCAGAUGCUGUGUGCACAUGUGCAUGCAUAUGUUUGCAGGCCACCCUUACUUUACCUGCAGUACCCUUGUCUGUCUUUCAUGUAGGAGCUGAGUAGUAGUUCCCUAGCUUUCUAAAGUAGCCAGCUCAUGCUUGUUCAUCUUUGGGAAGGAAGUUUGCUCCCCUUUCCCCUCUGAAGCGUUCUGCUUCCUGAUAUUCCUGGUAUCUAAGAGAAAGUAAGAGAAAGGGCAUUGAGAAACCAACCUCCCAUUGCAGCCUCAGAGAAUUAGUUUUGUUGAUAUUUUAUGCCUGCCUAAAAACAUCACCAUGCUGCAUUUACCUGGCGUGUUCACUACUGAUGAGACCCCACCUGGAGCACUGUGGACAGCUCUGGGGGCCCAGCAAAAGAAGGACAUGGACAUACUAGAGUGAGUCCAGAGGAGGCCACAAGGGGCUGGAGCACCUCUCCUACACAGACAGGCUGAGGGAGCUGGGGGUGUUCAGCCUGGAGAAGAGAAGGCUCCGGAAAGACCUCAUUGCAACCUUUCAGUGCCUAAAGGACACCUACAAGAAAGCAGGAGAGGGACUCUGUCAGGGAGUGUCAUGAUAGCACAAGGAGUAAUGGUUUUCAACUACAAAAGGGUGGAUUUAGAUUAGAUAUUCAGAAGAAAUUCUUUACUCUGAGGGUGGGGAGGCACUGAAGCAGGUUGCACCAUCCCUGAAAGCAUUUAAGGCCAGGUUGGAUGGGGCUUUGAGCAGCCUGUGGCAAGGGGGGUGGAAUUAGAUCCUUAUGGUCCCUUCUGGCCCAAACCAUUCUAUAGGAAAACCUAGAAAUACACUGUUUGAGAGCACUCAUUUUUUUUUGUAAUAGAACAAAAGCUUCAGUUAUAAUAAUGUGCAUGAUCCUGUUAAAAUUCAGUCAUUACCCUUGAGUUCAGCUACAUGUGCAAUUACAGUGAAAUAAUUAUACAUUAAUAGCUACCAAAAGUAGAAAAUACUUAAAUGAUUAUCUCAGUUUAAAGCCAUCUCAACAAGUUUUAAAACCUUGCUCUAUCAUGGUACUCACAGAUCAUUGCUCUUCAGCAUAUCCAGAGGAAGUAGAGAGUUGAGUCUUUGCCUUUUAUUUGUUCCCUUGCUGCCCUGUCCUGUUUCACACUUGCUCAGCUGUCUGUUGUUCAGCCCACCUGUGUCUCAUUUGUCUGACAGGUGGGAAGUGUGUGGCAGCAAUACCUUGUAUUUGCAGGUCCCUCAAAAACAUCCCCAAUUCCUGACUGACACUUCUGGAUCACAACAUGAAGAGUUUAAAAUUUAGAUAGUCUGAUAGUGAUACUGAGAGAACUCCAGUGUGCACAUUGGAAACAGAUGGGAAAUAGUGAUUAACAGACCAGUUGUCUGGCUGUCGCUAAAUUUUCACAUCAGAUUUUUGAAAAGAAAAGGGAAAAAAAAGACUUUAAAAAGACUUUAUUAAUAUUUGCUGUCCUUUUUAGACUGAUAAUUAGGCACUCUAUUCACUUUAGUCUUGCUGUUACAGAACAUACAUAUAUAUCUGGUACCAGGGAGUAGCUGAAAAUGCUAUUUGAAAAAGAAUGAAAGCUGAGUGCAUGUGAUCUCAACUUUGUACAAAGGUCUGGGCCAUGAAACCGGACUGGGAGGACAAGGUUUGGUCCUAUUAAUGUCAGUUGACUUCAGUGGCACAGGAAAGGUUGACCUUGUAGAACUAUGGUUUUACCUUGGUGUACCUGUGUUACUAAUAUGCAUCAGCUGGCUGUCUGCAAAAUGACAAGCAGAGAAGUCAUAGCUGGCAAUAGGGUAAACGGCAUUCGCAUUGGGCUCUAGAUUUAAUGGCCCAUUGAGAUGAACGGGAGAAAGAGCUAUCUGUUUUACAGACAGUGUUUUAAUCUGAGCCAAAUUCUGGUUUUUGUCUUUUACAUAAUGAAACCAAAGCACUGUCUGUAAGCAAAUCAAAUGAAUUUGUAUUCCAGUCCCAGCAGAUCUUAAACAGCAAUCCUACCCACAAGGACAAAGUUGUUGGGUAUAGAAAACAGUCAGCCUGGUCCUAAAAUAUGGGGAGAUAUGUCUGGAGUCUUUUCUGUAAGACUGGAGAUUUGAGAAACUUUUAACCAAAAUGACAGUAACAUUUUUUAAUCUGUGCAGGAAGAUAGGUCCUUGCCAUAAAAGUUACAUUAUUCUUCAUUCCAAGUUUCAAAAUUAAAAAAGCCAGACUGCUAAGUUUCAGGAUUUGAAUCUAUGAAUAGCUAGUCUUGGAUGAAUAAAUCAUUGCAGCACUUUGCUAAGUAAUCCUAGCCCUUAUGCACACACUAGCUUUACAGAUUGCUUGGCCUUAGGCCUCCACAAUUUUUGAAGGCAGUAGGUUCAUUUCAAAUGCUGUGCCUCUAAUGUUUAUCCACUUGAAGUAGAUGCAAAAUAGAGGACACCAUUAGAAAAAAGUAUGUUUCCCAGUCGAUUCCUUAUAAACCAAAUAGUAAGAAAAAAUCACAUGCAAUUCUUACUGGGGGAACUUUUCAAAAUAACUCCUGCAGCUUAACCUCACGUAACCUAACAGUGAACUGCAGAAAUACAUCUUCGUUAUAUCUUCAUUUCUUUUUUUUUUUCUUGCUUUCCUCUUAAGGAAACUUCAGUGUAUCUAAUACUCGUGUGGGUGUUGUAAAGGUCACGUCACUCUAUAAUAAAAGCCUCAAUAAAUAACUUUUUGAGUUUUGAGAGCACAGUAGUAAUAAUAGGGAGAGAGGAUUAAUCUGUGCUGCUGUCUCCUGGCACAGAGCACUAGGGGAAGGUAGGAACUGUUUGCACACAUGGAUGUUUGACCAAAUAUUUUAAAUGGAUUUCCUUAGUAAUAUUACAAGUGGAACCUAGAGAGCCUGUACUGCCAUUCCACCAGUGAAGUAUCAGCAGUGGUGAUAGAUGUUUUGCAUCUCUAAAAGAAUGAAUGAUGUGGAAUAAGCUGUGGUGACACUGCAAAUUGUAGAACUAGUCCAAAAUGAAACACCUAAUCUCCUGCUCUUUCUGUUGAUAUAAUACAGAUAUUGUGCUCAGGUAAGCAGCACAUAUGUUCACUGAGUAGGAAGAAAGAAAGAGCAUAAGAUGUUCUUCAAAUAAGAAAAAUUGCUGUACCAGUAAUCAGGGGAAGGGCAAGCAAUACUGGUACAAGCUUCCUAGGCAGCAGGCAUAAUGAGGGAGGGGAGGGAUUUUCCUCUUUUUUCUUUGAUUUAAUAAGUCUUGGACAGCAGAAUGCUGGCUUUGGGAGCCUUUCUGUUGCUGCUGGAUUCUGGCUAUGUUGAUGGAUGACUGAAGUGGCUUGUUUUGCAACAGUGGCAGAACAAUGUCCCUUGUUAGUUUUAAUGCUUAUUGGUCUUACAGAUGCCUUGUGCAUCUAAAUUUGUGCCAAAAAAAAAAAAUUCCCCAAAAGUUAGUGAUGCUAUUGCAUGUGCCAGCAAGAAAGUGAUCAAAUCUAUGAAUGUGGAAAUGAAAACAGUUAAGUCUUUUCUUCCACCAAAGUGGACUUCAGCAGCAGUCUAGUGUUCAAGACGGACCACCAUGACCUGUUGUUAGGGGCAUUCAGUAGACAAGCUUCAGGAUUCAGCGACUUCAGGAUUCAACAAGACUUUCCAACCAAGUGAAGCUUUCCCUUCCAUGCCUGUCCAUGAGAGCCAAAGGGUGCAAGCAUGUCAUAUCAGCUCUUGAAGCCAGCUCUUUCCUGAUGUGGCCAGUUUUACAGAAACAGGAGAUGCUUCAGGGGAUAC